CAGUGUGUAGCAUGCCUGCCUCUGAGCACAGGGCAACAGUAACACAGCCAGGAGCUCUUUCAUCAAACAGUAGCAUGCCACAAAAAUAGGAUUACUUACUUCACUUUUUUUCCCCCCUACCCAUCACCCCCGGUAUUCCUCUACAGGUCAGGAUCAGUGGUUGAACCAUGGAGCUGAAUCUGAAGACACUGCUGCUGACGACCAUGAUGUUCAAAUGGGGAAUCCUCUGUGAUGCCACUUCAGACAGAUGUCUGUCUGCACCCUGCCACAAUGGAGCGACCUGUGUGGACACGAUGGAGGAUUACGCCUGCUUAUGUGCCACAGAAGGCGUUCGAUACAUGGGCAAGAACUGCGAUGAACUCUACGACGCCUGCUCUUUUGCACCAUGUGCAGACUGCACCAGCAGGCCUGGUACCACCCAGUACCACUGCGUCUGCCCACAUGGACUAACAGGUGACAACUGCACAGAGGAGAUGGACGAGUGUCAGAGCAACCCCUGCUCUGGACCUCGCUCGGUGUGUGUCGACCAGCAGAACGGAUACUUCUGCAGGUGUCCUGCCGGGUUCGGAGGACGCGGCUGCAGCACGCACGUAACCGACUGCAUCGACGGACCCUGCAAGAACAAUGGGACUUGUGUGCUACGACCAGAGGGCUUUCACUGCCACUGUGCACCAGGGUUCCAGGGGAGGACUUGUGAGGAGGACGUGAACGAGUGUCUGUCAGAGCCUUGUCAGAACGGAGCCAUCUGCAUCGACGGAGUGGCGGAGUUCCACUGCUUCUGUGUGCCGGGGUUUCAGGGCCACAACUGUGAGAUCGACAUCAACGAGUGUGUGUCACGGCCCUGUGAGAACAACGCCACGUGCAUCAAUGAGAAGGACCACUAUGAGUGUGAGUGCCUGGCAGGCUUUACAGGAGUCAACUGUGAAAUUGAAAUAGACGAGUGUGAGUCCAGUCCCUGCCACAAUGGAGCCACAUGUCACGACCUGACGGGCAUGUACUCGUGCGAAUGUCUGCCUGGGUUUGACGGCAUGAACUGUGAGGUGGAUGUGGACGAGUGUGCCAGUGAUCCCUGUCAGAAUGGAGCGGUCUGUCGCGACAUGGUCAACAGCUACGAGUGUGACUGCAGUGACACAGGAUUCCAGGGUGAUUACUGUGAAGUGGACAUCCCUGAAUGUGCCUCUGAUCCCUGUCAGCAUGGUGCCACGUGUCUGGAGGGAAUCAAACUAUACAGCUGCCUCUGCUGGCCAGGUUAUGAAGGACCAAACUGUGAGACUGACAUCGAUGAGUGUGCUGAUCAGCCUUGUGAGAAUGCUGGCCAGUGUUUCCAGUGGUCAGAUCCAUCUCACUGGGAGCUGGACUGGCAGCUCAGCUUUGCAGAUGCAGCUGGAUACAUUUGUCAGUGUCAGCCCGGUUUUGUGGGUGAGAACUGCUCUGUAAACAUUGAUGAGUGUGAGUCUGAACCCUGCCAGAAUGGAGGCGCAUGUGAGGAUAAGAUCAACGGCUACACCUGCACGUGCACUGCUGGAUUCCUAGGUGAGCUGUGUGAAGUGGACAUUGAUGAGUGUGCUAGCCAGCCAUGUCAGCAUGGAGGCUCGUGUGAGGACGGCAGGGCCUCCUACAUCUGCCACUGUCCUGAGGCCGAGCCAGGGGAACUUCCAUGGGGAGGAAAUCACUGUGAAGUGAAGCUGCGUGGCUGCGUGGACCAUGAAUGCCAGAACGGAGCCACCUGUCAUCCACAGCUGGAGAACGGCGUGCACAGCCACACAUGCUUGUGCCCUCACGGCUUCUAUGACAAGCAGUGCUCCACGAGAACAACGUUCUCCUUCUCUACUCCCGGGUUCAUUCACGUUCAGGUGGCUCUAGAAGAACGGACCCACAGGGAGGUCGGGGUACAACUACGCUUCCGAACCACCAUACCUAAUAUGUUGCUCAUCUACAGAGGGGAUGCAGACAACCACGUCCUCUUAGAGAUUGUGAAUGGUGGCCUUCAUGCAAGAGCUUUUUCUGAGGAAUCUGAAAUGGAUAUUACAUUUCCUGGAUUGGUCAGUGAUGGAGACUGGAGGGAUGCUCAUGUCUUUGUGAAUAAUGAAGGUCUGAUCUUGACUAUGAAAGGCCCUGGCUGUGGCAGGGAGGGGUGCAAAGUUAUGGAUGGUGGUACAGAUGAAUUACCAUUCCAACCCUCUGAAACCUUAGCUCACAUUUAUAUAGGUGGAGCACCACAGUCCUCUGCAAGUGGUGCCGGCUUCAUCGGAUGUAUGGAAGACCUGAUGAUAGACUCUAAGCCUAUCUUACCCCAAACUCUUCCAGAGGGCCAAGGCCAGGUGUUGGGCUGUAGUAAGACUGAAUGGUGUAAGCCUAACCCCUGCAACGGACGUGGACGGUGUGUGGACCUGUGGACCAGCUACCAGUGUGAGUGCCACCGCCCCUUCCACAGUGAGAGCUGCCAAAAAGAAUUCCCUUCAUGGACAUACAGUCAUGAGGACACUUUGAGCUUCAGGAGCUAUGAUGUGGCUGAGAACCUUGGGAGCAACUUCAGCGUGUCCUUCUUCAUGAGGUCGUUAAAGCCGGACGGGCUGCUGUUCCAGCUGAGGAGACCCGCCGGGAAGGAGGAGGGCGGGGUCUACUUCACCAUCUACCUGGGAAUGGGCAGGAUUUUGGUCAGCUCUCUGCCCAACAGUGCCCCACUGACCGCGCCAAAGUUUAUGACUACUGGUGAGCAGCAACUCAUCCAGGUGGAAGUCCAGCACAGACAGGUGACCUUUGAGCAAGCGGAGCUUCGUUACAUCAUCGGAGAGAUCCCUGAGGUGAAUAUUCAGAGUGGAGAUCAGGUCUAUGUGGGAGGGCUUCCUGGGCACUGGGACACUGGUGUGUGGGGGGGCUACUACAAAGGUUGCCUGCAGGACCUUCGUUUAAACUCUGUGCAUCUGGAUGUGGACGUUUGGAGCAGCGCGGAGGAGGAAAAGGUGUUUUUACCAAGUGAUGCUGAAAAUGUCAAGAAGGGCUGUGUCAGUGAUAACGCAUGCAAGGUGAAGCCCUGUCUGAACGGAGGUGAAUGCGUCAUCACGUUCAAUGAUUUCACAUGUUCCUGUGCGGCGGAAUACACCGGAAAGACGUGUCAAACGCACGUUUGGUGUAUUAGUGAUCCUUGUGUCAACGGCGGCCACUGUGUGGACCUCGCAGACGGAUACGAAUGUGUAUACAAUGCUACCUUUGAGAACAAUCCAGUGCAGUACAGUGCUGGAGGCUCCCUGGCUGAACCCGUCUCUAACAUCUACAUGGAAGUGAGGACUCGCUCAGACAACGCUGUGCUCCUCAGGGCGUCCUGGGGCACUGACCUCCUCAUGGUGGGUCUUCUGGACUCGUCAGUCCGGGUGGAGAUUCACACCGGCAACAGCGUGGAGACGCUGGCCUUCACAGGAGUCCGUCGAGUGGCCGACGGGCGCUGGCACUGCGUGAACAUCUCCGUGGCUGAGAAGGAGGCCGAGGCCUCUCCCUGGGUCAUCACUGUGGACGGCAUCACAGACAGCAGCAGCUCACCGGAGCAAAUCGGGAGCCUCACCUUUCUAAACGAGAAGGGAGCCACGUUGUCAGUUGCAGAGAGUUUCACCGGCUGCUUCGGCGCAGUGAGAGUCGGUGGAGUCUACCUUCCUUUUGUAAAUAACUACAAAGCUCCGCAGCAGUCGCAGUUCCACUUAGUUGGAAAGGCAAAGGUCACUUUAGGCUGCAGCAGUGCGCCUGUGUGUGAUCCACGGCCCUGUCUGAAUGGAGCCACGUGUGAGGACGUCUUCAACCAAUAUUUCUGUCUGUGUGACUCUGGCUGGGAGGGAGACGAGUGUGAGACAGACACUGACGACUGUGCAUCUCAGCCCUGUGUUCACGGCACCUGUAAGGACUACUUAGCCGGCUUUGAGUGCCACUGCCACCAAGGCUACGCCGGCACACUGUGUGACGAGGAUCUCGAUGAGUGUGAACAUCACGCGUGUGAACACGGAGGCGUCUGUCAGGACGGACCCGGCACAUACACCUGUAUAUGCCCCAAGGGCUACAGUGGCCCCCUCUGCCAGUGGGACUUUCCUCCGAUACAGUGUGGCAAAGACAUCCUGUGUAAAAAUGAUGGGAUCUGCAAUGAUGGACUGUGGGGAGCUAACUGUACCUGCAGGCCGGGUUUCACAGGCACCAGAUGUGAAAGUGAGACGGACGAGUGUGAGUCUAAUCCCUGUCGAAACGGCGCUUCCUGUCUGAAUCGAUUCAACAUGUUCGUGUGUGAGUGUCCGCCUGAUUACAGCGGUCACACCUGUGACACUAAGAAACAGCCUCACAGAGAGGGCAUCUCGUGGUUAGUGGUGGUCAUCCCGCUGCUGUGCUUCUGUGUGAUGGUCGUAAGCAUCAGCUUGACCUUCAUGCUGCUCACGGCGAGGAAGAAGCGUCAGUCAGAGGGAGCGUACAGUCCCAGCACUCAGGAGCUGGCCGGAGCUCGGCUGGAGAUGGACAGCAUGCUCAAAGUGCCUCCAGAGGAAAGACUCAUCUGACGCCACCGUGCGCUGGAAUAACUUUACUCAACAGCACCCCCUCAUGGUGGAGACAAGGUAUUGACUUAGAAACUGCAGCUGUUGUUUACCGGAACACGUGAACUGCAGAGAUUAUCAAGACCGACACAAGGACUUUGAAUCAUUGACCUGAACUGUGUGACUAAGAGGAGGUGACUUUGUGAAUAAAUGCUGAUGAACAUGAAGUGUGUGACUUUAACAGAUGAGAGGCCAGAUCAGAUCAGAACAGGAACAACCUUGAACCACUUUUCAUCUUCUCGUCUCAUUGUGUCCUUUUCCUCUGCAGUGAUUUAAUGCCGUGUUUCCCACAAAUGGCAGGGGCCGAAACCAGGGGCCGAAACUGUGCGAGGAACCUAUUGUUAUCCUUCAGAUUAUGAUUAUAUCCAUGGCUUUGCAGUCAUUUUUGAGCGGGUUAACGUGCAUAAAAACUCGCGAAAAUGCGAUAUUGGCAUAGUUCCCGGACCCAUGCUUUGCUCAAGGGUUCUAUAGCGCCCCCUCAGGUGAAAACAGAGGCAAAAUUGAGUUCCACUGUAUUUCUCGAAACUUGGUGGGAAGAUGUCAUAGACCAAGACGAACAAAAAAGUCGACCCAAACCAUGGCCUCUCAACUCAACAGGAAGUCGGCCAUUUUGAAUUUGGGCGUCCAUUAUAGAGAUUUGCACUGUGUGCAACACACAUUUGUCGUACGGACAAAAAAAACACGCCAAUUGGUACUCGACACAUCAAAGGCAAAAAUGUGUGGGUGUGGCCACGGCAACCAUUGGCGUUUUUGCCAAUUUCGACCUCGCGAGGGCCCCAUCAUGACUGUGAGCAGUCCUAGUUCAAACCAAUCACUUUGUAUCAUCCAAUCACAACGCUAGACAGACCAGCUAUGGGCCGUACUAUGGGGAUGCUGAUAAAAGUAAAGUCAGGCACUACCUGGGUUUCCACAAGUUGAGUUUUCUUGUAAAAAAAAAGAAAAGAAUACGUACAAACACGUCUUAGCACUUACAACAAAUCUGCGUACAAAACACACGUGUGCCGUUCAAAAUAAAGCCAUAAGCUUCACAUGGUGGAGAGACAACAGCUCUGGCAGUUAAAAUGGGGGGGAGGGGCCUGAGACAGUGAACCUCAUGAUGGUUGGACGAGAGGGGGAUGACAGAGUGAAAAUUUGAAUGCAGUAGCUGGUGUUUGACCAGAGAGAGGCAGCAGAUCCACUGCAGAGCUUUAUCACGAUUAUGUUUCAUUUCAACAUUUUACACUAAACUGUGACGAUUUGCCUCUAACAUGAACUAGAUACACGGUUUACUGACUCUUUAAAGAUGGUUAAUAGUAAAACUAUCACGCGACAGUAAAUCUAUAGCGAUGAGAACAAUCUGCCGUAACUGUCAGUCAUUUUUGAAACAAAUCACUUCCAAUCCACUCCCAAGUUCACUAAAUUAAUAAUAAUAAUAACAAAAUAAUGAACAUACACACAUAAAUCUUAACUCAACGGUCUUUGAGAAUCACUGAUUUCCGGAGAAUUGGCUCCACCGACAAGGCAAGCAGUGCUUGACUGAUACUUUUUGUGGUCUGUAUUUAUAACUUGAGCAGUGAAACAUCUGGUGUAGACCAGAUGAUCGUGGCGUCAAACCUCAAAGGUCAAAGGGUUUGUUGCCCGUUUACUGCCCCCUUGUGGUAGCAGCAGGCUGCUUGCCACUCAUGCUUUUUGUCUUUUCUUUUUUGUUGUUGAUGAUGUUUUGACCGACCGCGUCACGGAGCCUCUGAGAGACUUUAGCAGAGUGAAGGUCAGACCUGGAAUCAUCACUUAUGUUAUGAUCUGAUUAUAUUAUGUGCAGAUGCAGGAUUAUAUCCAUGGAAUAUUGUUCCAAAAUAGUAAACAAACACUAUUUUGGAAACAUAAAAUGUUGUCCUUUUGAUGUAGAGCUUUAACAGAGGGCAGAAAGAGCAGUGAGAAACAGGAAGAGAAUAUACUUUUUCUGCUUUGUUGUUGUUUUACUGGCAUUAAAGUUAAAAGUAAACAUUUCUUUGGUCAGCCGUACAGUUUGUGUUUUUAUGUAAAUGUAGAGAGUUUUAAUGUUUUACUGUUCGACGCUCACAUGCACUCAUGUACGCUCAUGUUUGUCUUCCUGUCAGUUUACAAUCAACGAAGAAAUGAAAAGUAACUGCUGUAUGUACAGAUGUGAAUUCCUCAGUGUAAACUACUAUUUCGGACAUUUGUGAAGUUUGAAAUAAUAUGGCACCAAAAUCCAAAAAAAUAAGAAUGAAAGAGCCUUAAAUGUAGGUUUUUUUGGGCAUAAAAAUGAAGGUGUUGUUGCACAGCAUACCCUGUUUAUGUUAGUUCUUUUUUGAUAUACAAUGAUGUUUUCUUCAUAAUGUUUUAUAAACAACUGAAAUGUGUGAACUGCUGGGUUUUCUGUCGAGUUUCCCAUCACUGGACAGAUUCAGUCGUUCUCUCUCUCUCACAUAAAUCACGUGAUUUAGAUCAAGGAAAACGGAUUAAAUGAAAGAUGUCGUGCACUGAGUCGGCUGUGGCGUUUUAAUCACUCUUUAAUCAGUCUUUGAAUAAUGAAAGUGUCAUUUGUACAGAGACACAACAGCAAAUAGACCUGUACACAACUCUGUAGUAUUCACCACAC